CGGGACAAAAAACAGAUUCCGAGUGGCUUGAGGGCAGUGGCUUCCUUCGCACCUCCUGGAGCACCAUGGACGUGACUAUCCAGCAGCCCUGGUUCCGCCGCUUCCUCCCCUCGUUCCUCCCCAGCCGUAUCUUCGACCAGCACUUUGGGGAGCACAUCACCGAGAGCGACGUGCUGCCUCCCAUCCCCUCCCUCUACUACCCCCGCGUCGCUGUCCCCCGCUGGCCCAGCUGGCUGGAGAGUGGACACUCUGAGAUGCGGAUGGAGAAGGAUCGCUUCACAGUUAGCCUUGAUGUGAAGCACUUCUCCCCUGAUGAGCUGGCAGUGAAGAUUAAUGGAGAUUUCAUUGAGAUCCAUGCCAAACACGAAGAACGUCAGGACGACCAUGGCUUUGUGUCACGAGAGUUCCAGAGAAAAUACAAACUCCCAGGUGGCGUGGACCCAACCAGCAUCACCUCCUCCCUGUCCACGGACGGUGUCCUCACCGUAAUCGGACCGCGCAAGGUUUCUGAUGCCCCAGAGCGGAGCAUCCCCAUCACACGUGACGAGAAGCCUGCUGUGCAGCAGAAGUAGAGCCACCAGCUCUCCUGCUUCGCCAGCCACUGAGCUCUGCCCAUCUCGGCGCCCUAACAUGCCCAUCACCCUUUUCUCAUAUUUACAUGUAGGUAUAGAGAGCCUAUAGCUGGUUGCCAAAAAAAUAGGGAAAUGCAGGCCUACUUUAUCUGUCCACCAAGUCUGAAAUCAAGACCUAUUGGACCACAAAACCAAAAGUCCUGUCUCCCAGGAGACUUUUUUUUAAAGACAAAUUCUCAAAGCCUCAAGGACUGUAAACAUGGCUACCCCAAUCUCAUGAAUUACCUUAAUUUUGGUCACAUUUUCCUUUUUAUUUCAUGUGAGGUAAACAUUUGAACAUCUUCCUAAAAAUGCAGUGCCCGUACCUCGACUGAAAUUCGUGGUGAGAGUUUACCGGGCAUUAGGGAGCAUUGGACAGAGGAGGACAGACAUGAUGUCAUGCUGAGGGAUGUGUUAGGCAUGAAAAGGUGAGCUGAAGGGUGAGAUAAUGGUGAACUUUUAUGGCCCAAGUGACACAACACAGCUUUCACCUGCUGUGGAAGUAGCCUACGGCAACGAUGAGAACAGGACCUAAUUGUUCAAUAUGAAUCAAUAUAAAGCUAGUUAAGGUUGACUGCUAUUGUUCAUUCUGAGUUUAACCAGCAGCAUCUCAAUAUCGAACUACAUAUAUGAAUAAUUAUCUAAUUAUUGACAAGUGCUUACUCUAUCACUUGUCUCACUGCGUCCAUUAAAUGCACGAGUCCUCCUCUAUGUCAGUUAUCAGGCUGGGAUACCAGAACGGAAAGCUACUACUUACAGUAUUACUGAUUAAAAAGUUACGCACCUCCAAUUACAGUUCCUGAAGAUUCUGUAAAGGUGACAUGUAAAGGGAAAGUGUCUAUCACUGUGUCUAAAAUGAUAUGGACUGAAGAUUGCUGGUUUGGAUGAUCUUUGGAUCUUCUUGGAACACCUUUGGGGCAGAGAAAAAUGAUUGAGUCCAUUGAAAGGGUGCUUAAGUAAGUGUAAGGUUGGGAUGCUGACUUCAAAGUUAAAAAAAAAAAUGUGGUGUGUGUGUGUUUGUCUGUUACUUUCUUUCUUUGUUUGUUUGUGUUUUAAAAUCCUUAUUUUACGCACACUCAAUGUCUUCAAAAAGACAUAAAUAACAUCGCCAAGAUUGUCCACAUUUUAUUCAGUCUCAUUCAAUUGUCCUAAAUUGCAAAUUUCAAAUGUAUUAUUACUGACAUAUAUUUAUAUAACAUUCAUACAUUUACAAAAAAACUAAUAUUGGUUGAUGAAAGAAAAGCCAAUACACACUUAACCCUUAAGAUCUACUGUACAUCUUUUUUGACAUUCAGCUGAGGGGUUGUUCUCUUGUCUUUCAUUCUGCUUGCUGAAACAUUCCUACAUUUAUAAUAUUAACUAUUAACAGUAAUUAUGAGUGUGUAACUACUAUCCAUGCAUAAUAAAAAAAAGUCUCACUAUUUGAAAGCA